GGUGCCUGGGAAGCAGUCCUUCAGUAAGAGCAAAGAGCCUCCAGGGUGGACAGAGGAAGGGGAGAGACAUGGAACCGGGCCGGUCUGUGGGGAAAUGCGACUGUCUCGGUUGAGGUACUACUUCCCCGGGGCUCCGGGUCCCUCUGCUCAGCUCCAGUCGCCGGCUGGCCGCGCGGCCUCGGGACAGGGGACUGCACCAUCCUCCUCUCCCAGCAAGGGGGCUCCAGAGACUGCAGCCAGGAAGUCUGGUGGCCUGGGGAUUCGGACAGUGUCUUGGUAAUGUCCAGGGCUCCAGGAAGAGAUGUCCUUGUGGCUGGAGGCACCUGUGCCUGAUGUUUCUCCUGAUUCUGCCGUGGAGCUGUGGGAUCCAGAUAUCCAAGAUGCAAGCAGCCAGGCUCGGGGAGGCCACAGCUACGUCCUUAGGGAGGAAGCCAGGGUGCCCCAAUCUGCUGAGGGGAUGGGGCUGGAGUCAGCAGAACCCACAGCCCUAUUCCCCAGGGCAGAGUCCCUUCCAGAGACCACAGAGCUCCGUCCACAAAAGCGGAAAAAGGGGCCAGCCCCCAAAAUGCUGGGGAACGAGCUGUGCAGUGUAUGUGGGGACAAGGCCUCUGGCUUCCACUACAACGUGCUGAGCUGCGAGGGUUGCAAGGGAUUCUUCCGCCGCAGUGUCAUCAAAGGAGCUCGCUAUGUCUGCCACAGUGGUGGCCACUGCCCCAUGGAUACCUACAUGCGUCGCAAGUGCCAGGAGUGUCGGCUUCGCAAAUGCCGCCAGGCGGGCAUGCGGGAGGAGUGUGUCCUUUCAGAAGAACAGAUCCGCCUGAAGAAACUGAAACGGCAAGAAGAGGAACAGGCUCAGGCCACAUCAGUGCCCCCGAGGGCCCCCUCACCUCCCCAAGUGCUCCCCCAGCUCAGUCCAGAGCAACUGGGCAUGAUUGAGAAGCUGGUCGCUGCCCAGCAACAGUGUAACAGGCGUUCUUUUUCAGACCGACUUCGUGUGACGCCUUGGCCCAUGGCCCCGGACCCCCAGAGCCGGGAGGCCCGUCAGCAGCGCUUUGCCCACUUUACUGAGCUGGCCAUCGUGUCUGUGCAAGAGAUCGUCGACUUUGCUAAACAGCUCCCAGGCUUCCUACAGCUCAGCAGAGAGGACCAGAUAGCCCUGCUGAAGACUUCUGCAAUUGAGGUGAUGCUUCUGGAGACUUCUCGGCGAUACAACCCUGGGAGCGAGAGCAUCACCUUCCUCAAGGAUUUCAGUUAUAACCGGGAAGAUUUUGCCAAAGCAGGGCUGCAGGUGGAGUUCAUCAACCCCAUCUUUGAGUUCUCCAGAGCCAUGAACGAGCUACAACUCAAUGAUGCUGAGUUUGCUUUGCUCAUUGCCAUCAGCAUAUUCUCUGCAGACCGGCCCAAUGUGCAGGACCAGCUCCAAGUAGAGAGGCUGCAACACACAUAUGUGGAGGCCCUGCAUGCUUACGUCUCCAUCCACCACCCCCAUGACCGACUAAUGUUCCCACGUAUGUUAAUGAAACUGGUGAGCCUCCGAACCCUGAGCAGUGUCCACUCAGAGCAAGUGUUUGCGCUGCGCCUGCAGGACAAAAAGCUUCCACCACUGCUCUCUGAGAUCUGGGAUGUGCAUGAAUGACUGUUCUUCCCCAUGUCUCCUGAGUUCUGGGCAGCACAGCUGAGGCCCCUUGGCUGCCUCCUGGAAGUGGAACAGAUUGAGAAGGGCAAACAUUCCUGGGAGUUGGGCGAAGGAUAUCCUCAUGUAGCAUUAAAGGAGAGUCAAAGGGUU